AUGGCCGAUGAAGGCGCCCCAUCUACGGCCUGCACCGGCUCCAGCCUGCUGCAGCCGGUCAGCGAGAUCACCAACCUGCCGCUGGACCAGGUGAACUUUGUGGUGUGUCAGCUCUGUGCUCUGAUCUCAGCCUUCUGGUUUCGUCUCUUCCUCCAUCCCAGUAAAACCAGUCCCUUCAUCAGACAUGUGGUGGCGACUGUACUGGGACUCUACUUCGCUUUGUUCUGCUUCGGAUGGUAUGCUCUUCACUUCCUGGUUCAGAGCGGACUCACCUACGGAAUCAUGAUCCUGACCGGAGUGGAACACAUGCACAAAUACUGCCUCCUGGUGGCUCUCAGCUAUCUGAGUCUUUGUCAGAUCACUCGGGUCUACGUCUUCGACUACGCCAUGUACUCUGCUGACUUCACAGGCCCAAUGAUGGUGAUAACACAGAAGAUCACCAGCCUGGCGUUUGAGAUCCACGACGGAAUGGCUCGAAAAGAGGAACAUCUGACGGCUGGGCAGAAGAUUCUGGCGAUAAGGAGGAUGCCCAGUCUGCUGGAGUACUUCAGCUACAACUGCAACUUCUUGGGGAUCCUGGCCGGACCCACCUGCUCCUACAACGACUACAUCGCCUUCAUAGAGGGAGACCCCCGUCGCCAUAGAGACCAGGAGGCCGACAGGAAGUCCAACUGCAAGCUGAGGCAGAGCGAGCCCUCGCCAAAUAUGGAGGUCGUCCGUAAAGUUGCCACCUCCUUCUUCUGCCUCCUGGUCUUUCUGUCGGUGUGUAAGGUUUUCCCCGUGGAACGAAACAUUGAUGACAACUUCAUCGCCAACACGCCGUUCUAUGCUCAGGUGGUCUACCUGUACCUGUCCAUGGUGACCACCAGACCCAAGUAUUAUUUUGUGUGGACACUCGCUGAUGCCAUCAACAACGCUGCUGGCUUUGGCUUCAAUGGCUACGACAGUGACGGCUCUCCUCGCUGGGACCUCAUCUCCAACCUGAGGAUCCUUAACAUCGAGUUUGCCACCAGCUUCAAAGUUUUCCUUGACAACUGGAACAUUCAGACGGCACACUGGCUCAAAAGAGUGUGUUACGAGCGAUGUCCCUACCACCCCACAGCAGCCACCUUCAUCCUGUCAGCCAUGUGGCAUGGAGCCUAUCCAGGAUACUACCUCACCUUCCUCACCGGCAUCGUCGUCACGCUGGCUGCCAGAGCGGUGAGACACAACGUUCGGCCAUACUUCCUACAAUCACCCACCCACAAAGUGGUCUAUGAUGUCAUCACGUGGGCGGCCACUCAGAUCGCCAUCUGCUACACAGUGGUGCCUUUUGUCCUGUUGUCUGUGGGUCCAUCGAUAAAGUUUUACAGGUCGUGGUACUUCAGCCUCCACAUCGGUUGUGUUCUGCUGGCCGUGGCGUUGCCUGUCAAACCGAGACAUCUCCGCCUCAAAGACCAGCAGAAGAGAACCCUCCAAGAGUCAGCUCAGCACCACCUGGAGGGUUCAGACAGCAACUGCAGCCAGAAGGAAAAAACCACAUGA